GAGGUCAAGGGGAAUAAGCAUGGCCGCUUUGUUUAGAGGGUAUCGGAAUUUUUAUAAAAGAAGCAAUAAACAUGUGGAGCUCAUAUUGGUAUCCUGUAGAUCAAUGGCCUCCAAGACUCCAGUGGGUUUUAUUGGACUGGGUAACAUGGGCACACCUAUGGCUAGAAAUUUACUGAAGAACGGAUAUCCUGUCAUUGCUACGGAUGCCUUCCCGGAGUCUUGCAAAGAGCUUCAGGAUUCAGGAGCGCAGAUCCUAGAUAGCCCUGCUGAAGUGGCCGAAAAAGCAGACCGCAUCAUCACCAUGCUACCGUCCAGCCCCAACGUCAUUGAGGUUUAUACAGGAUCCAAUGGCAUCCUUAGGAAAGUAAAAAAAGGCACCCUUCUCAUCGACUCCAGCACCAUUGACCCUGCAGUGUCUAAGGAGAUGGCUGUCGCUGCUGAGAAGAUGGGUGCAGUGUUCAUGGACGCGCCGGUGUCAGGAGGUGUUGGUGCAGCCAGUUUGGCUAAACUCACUUUCUUGGUUGGUGGAGUUGAGGAGGAAUAUAAUGCUGCCCAGGAGCUGCUCACCUGUAUGGGAGCAAAUGUGGUGUACUGUGGCCACGUGGGAAGUGGACAGGCAGCAAAAAUUUGCAACAACAUGUUGUUAGCCAUCGGCAUGCUUGGUACAGCAGAGACCAUGAACCUUGGAAUAAGACUGGGUUUGGAUCCAAAGCUGUUGGCAAAAAUUCUGAACAUGAGUUCUGGUCGAUGCUGGUCCAGCGAUACUUAUAACCCCGUCCCAGGUGUCAUGGAAGGAGUGCCGUCCGCAAACAACUACCAGGGAGGCUUCAUAACAACACUCAUGGCUAAAGAUCUUGGUUUUGCUCAAAACACUGCGACCAGUACUCAGACCCCAAUUCCUCUUGGUUCAUUGGCACACCAAGUCUACCGCACUAUGUGUGCUCGAGGAUACUCCAACAAAGACUUUUCUUCUGUUUUCCAGUUCUUACGAGAAGAGGGAGCAUAGUAUAGGUCUGUGUAAUCCAGUAGGAGUGGCCCAGACUUGGACAUUAUGAUCCCCUGGUUUGCUAUUGAUAUGCGCGUGUGUCUAUUUAUGUUACAGAUAUGCUAAAUCUAAUGAGUUUAGCAUCGAGAGUUCAAGACCUCUAUUAAGUUGUAGCCUGAUGUUGGCAUUCAACAUUUUUCAGAGCCAUUUUACCUAGUUCUGUAUGACCGGUUUAAACUGUUACUCUGCCUUACUUGCAUCACACAUUUACCUGCAAAUGUUUACAGUCAUUAGUUUCUAUUAAUUUUACUGUUAAGUUGAUUAAGGAUCAGUAAACCAUACCUCAUCUGUGUCAGUUUUGAUUUUUAAACUGAAUCUAAACUGUGAAAAACUUUAAAGAAAAGUAAUGGGUACUAGAUAUUUUUUUCUGGAGUUCGCAGGUCUCAUGUUAAAACUUAACUUUUUGUUGUACUAGUUUAUAUAUUUACAAAGUAUACAUAUAUUUUACAUAUAUUCGGCACACUGGUGUGUAUGAACAUUAUAUAUUUGUAAUGGUGCAGAAAAAGCUGUUAAUUGCGUAUGCUUAUAAAGAAAGAUGCUGUCA